GCCCAACACCACCUCCAAACUACUAUACAUACCUUUUUCCACAUAGCAAGCGAAAACUCUAUCUACGAGAGGGGAUACAGCGACGCCUGGAACAGGUGGUGCUAACGAGAGAUAUCUUCUCCCUUGCACCUGGUCUACCCAGUUGAAAGAAGAGGCGACGGGGGAUCCCAAGGAAUGCCCAGGCCAAUCCCAAGCCUGCGCAGAUCGAGCCCAAACAAAUCCCAGCACCACCUCCAAACCACUACGCAUAUUUUUCUACUGAACAUCACCCCUCGGCCCAAAUGGAGAUUUACCUGUUCGGUCACCUAAACAAGGGCAAGAAGGACGGACUUCCGGCCGGCCAGGGUUUCGAUCGCGGAGAAAACCACUACAAAGAAAUUGCCUAAAAAAACGACAACCGCGGAAUCUUCCUGCAGAUGCACAAGGGGAAUCGCAAGAUGCAGGAAGGAAAUAUCCAGGUGCGGGAAGGGGACCGCCAGGUGCGGGAAGGGGGCCGCCAGGUGCGGGAAGGGGGCCGCCAGGUGCAGGAAGGGGGCCGCCAGGUGCAGGAAGGGGGUCGCAAGAUCCAGGUAGGGGGUCGCAUGAUCCAGGAAGGGGGUCGCAAGAUUCAGGAGGGGGGUCGCAAGAUGCAGGAGGGCGGUCGCAAGAUGCAGGAGGGGAGUCGCAAGAUACAGGAGGGGAGUCGCCAGUUGCAGGAAGGUCGCGCUUAAUAAAGGGCAGGCUGGAAGCUCUUUGAGGCCGGAAACUUUUCAUGGCAGGAACCGCAAUUGAAAUCCCGCUGUUGACCAGGACAGACGCCAUCAUUUUUGCGCCGCGACGGGUGUCUUACAAUUGGGGCAAUUGGCCAUGCCUCAGGUAGGUAGUGAGCAAGAUCCUUCCUUGACUAGGAUUUUACUCGGAUCAUCCAACCAUUCAG